AUGCCAUGUGAGUUUUAUUUUCAGAAGUCUACCAAAUCUGUUUAGACUGUAAAUUUUUCAGUAAGCGUAAUAAAUGUUGAUGCAACGAAUGAUUCAAAAGCGGCGAGAUCACCAAUGGCGAAAAAGAAUUUGGGAGUUUUAUCGAUUGGGAAGAGAAAAAAGGGAAAACGGCCAAGUUUGCCAUCAUGUCAACCAUCGCAAAUGUCGAAUAGUUCGGCUGAAGAAAUCACGCCGGUUUCGUCUAGACAAGUUGUGAAAGAUGAGUGGAUUGAGAGUUGGUCGAAAAAAUUGGUGGCCAGACAAUGGUAUCAUGGAAUUAUGCCGAGAGAGGAGAGCAAUGAUUUAUUGAGGGUACGAUAUAGAUUUGGUCACCAGAAAUCACCAUUUUUCUGGAGGAAAAUUCAAAAUUAGAGCAUAGCUUUCGCGUCUUUCUGAAACUGCUUGAAAUUGACUGAAAAUUCUAGGAUUUUCAGAAUUUCAAGCAGUUUCAGAGCAGGAUUCUCUAGUGAAUUUCGAUAUUUGUCAAAAAUCGUAACACUCAACUCCUAACAUGAGUCAUGACGUGGUAAAAUUGGAAAAUUUCGAGAAAUAGUGACUUCUGGAGGACAGCUAAAUAGCAAACAAUUUGUAAGCUAUUUGUUAUCUCCCAAAGUCACGAUUUUCAAAAUUUUACAACUUUGACACGUCAUAACUCAUGUUAGAAGUUGAGAUUUACGGCUUUUGACAAUAGGAACAUGAUUAGCAAGUCGGAAAUAACGAUCAAAUUUUUUCUUCCCAAAACCUCUUCAAUUUAUCUUUUUUCAGAAAGAAGGAGAUUUCCUAGUCCGGCGAACAACUGAAAAAUCCAAGCCCUUCUUCUGCCUCACAGUUCUUCAUGAAAAAGAGCCGCGACAUUUUGUGCUCCUAAAUGUCAAUGGAUUUUGGAAUUUGAAAGGGUUAGAAAGAUCGGAACAAUUUGAUGAUCUUGUUGAAUUGCUCAACUUCUUGACCUCGAAAAAACUACCGCUUCAACCGAGUCAUGCGAUUUUGGUGCGAGGAAUUGCGAAGCCUAAAUAUUAUAUUUUACAUGGCGAUAUAACUAUGGUUGAUAAAUUGGGAAGUGGAGCAUUUGGUGAGGUUUGGAAAGGAAAAUUGAAGAAAAUGUCGAAGGAAGAAGAGGAAGUGGAGGUUGCUGUGAAAAGAUUGAAAGAAGGAAAAUCGAGAAAAUCAAUGUUGCGAGGAUUUGUAAGAGAGGCGAGAUUAAUGAAAGAUUUGAGUCAUCCAAAUUUGGUCAAAGUUAUCGGAAUUGCUCCAAGUGAAGAGCCUUUAAUGAUUGUUUUGGAGUUGGCUAAAAAUGGAUGUUUGAAAAAUCAUCUGAAGAAGGAGGAUAGUAGGAAAACAAUAAAUUGUGAUGAUUUGACAAAGUUUUGCACAGAUACUGCGAGAGGAAUGGCUUAUUUAGCUUCGAAGAUGAUAAUUCAUCGAGAUCUCGCAGCUCGCAAUUUGCUUCUUGGUGAUAAUAUGGAAGUGAAAAUAUCCGAUUUUGGUUUAGCGGAAGGUGGAAAAGCUGAAGUAAAGGAAAAAAAGUUGAAAGUUCCGAUUCGUUGGCUCGCUCCAGAAGUCAUGGAUACUUUGGUGUUCACAACAAAAACUGAUGUUUGGUCAUUUGGUGUGACGAUUUGGGAGAUAUUCUCAUAUUGUUCUAGCGAUCCAUUUCCCGGUUUAUCAAAUAAUGAGGCCAAGGAGAUUAUACAGAAUAAGAAUCCACCAAUGGAAGCACCAAUUGAUUCACCAAAACUGAUUGUUGAAUUGAUGGCUGAUUGUUUUGCGAAAAAGCCCGAGAAUCGUCCGAGUUUUAUGGAGAUUUUGAAGAAAUUGGCGCCAGAUGAGGAUGUGGAGAAAUAUAGAAUUUCGAGUAAAGAUGACGAGGCGAGAACAUUUUUCUGGUAA